CACCUGCGAGCCGUAACGUCGGUCUGUCCGUCUUGCCCCCUUGCAGUGUGCACGUACUGCAGCACCGGAGACCUGUACUCGCUCUGGGCCGCCGCGGGGCGCUUGACAGAAGCCUCCAUUCGCCUCUUUGCAGCCGAGCUGGUUCUGGUGCUGGGUUAUCUGCACGACCUGGGCAUUAUGCACCGUGACGUGAAGGUACGUGCUCCCGGCAGCAGGGUGCCAGUCCGCCGGACGCUGGGGGUCCUUUCCCUCCCCACCCAGACGCUCGUCGGGUGGGGUGGCAGCUGGUUCUCCUGCUCCUUCCCGGUUCCUCCAGAGCGAGACCACCUGGCCAUGCUGGCGAGCGUGAACCGCUGCAGCUACGAGAGCCCAGGCUGCCUGAGCCGGGGGCUCUCUCUCCUGCUCAGCGAGGUAGGUGCCUCCCGCCCUCCUGCACCUCGGCUCCCCGGCCCCGCCUGGUCCCUCCCCUUUCCCGGCCCGAGCCUGUCUCAGCCGGUGCCGUGCGUUGUGGCUGCGCGGCAAGCGGAGGCGACAGCCCUGGGACCUUCCGGUGCCUUUGCAGAUUUUGAUUGUGACCUCCUGGCCUCCCUGAGCCGCCCCUGGCCUGACUGA